AUGCCUUUCAACAAGGUUCAUCUAGUAUUUCUAAUAUUGGGCAUCGAAAUUGCCACCGCCAGAGGUGCAACACAAGAUUUGCCUAUUUACACUGACAAUGCUCUCGCACAAGGCUGGGAAAACUGGAGCUGGAGUAGCGAUAUCAACUUUGCUGCCACUGACUUGAUAUCUGGUACUUCCGGAAGCUCAAUUUUUGUCAACUCGACGCAAUACGCAGCUUUAUCUGUAAAGCUAGAGGGUACAUUCCCUGAUUAUGCAGGGCUUCGCUUCGAUAUCGCUGGUGCCCAACCGGAUCUAACAAUAACUAUUCAAUCUACUGCAGACAACAGCCAGUCACCUAAUAUUUUAUUAUCUGCAAUCAGUAAAACUAUUGUGGAUGGACAGUUCUCCUCUCUAUUAAUCGACUUCAACGCUCUUCCAGGAAGUGGCGCACAAUUGGGCAAUGGAACAUGGGACCGACUCACGUUCCAGGCGGGUGGCAAUGGCGCCGUCUAUCACAUUGAUAACAUUGUACUUGUUGAUCAAAUCGUGGUUACUCCUCAGUUCCUCAGCGCAGAGCCUCUGGCCAACGAUCUAGUGGCUGUCACUACUGUUGGUGCCGUUAAUCUAACAGAUAUACAUGUUUCUUUGAAUGAAAAGGCCGUUAAAAUAGCUAACCUUACGACGUACAUCCCCGUCGAUACUCCUUCAAAAACAAUCACCUACCUGACUUUGGGGUCUGUAUUAAAACCAGGCAAUCUAACAAUUACCGCAGGAGGUACUAGCUUUGCGUAUACUCUGCCCUCUGUGCAGAAAGGAAGAAUCUCUCAAUCAGUCAAAACCCCUAUCAACCCUCACAUAUAUGGCGUCAAUUUCCCGACAUCUGCGAGUUAUAUCCAACACCUUGGUGUCACCAUAUCUAGGUGGGGAGGCAACGCAGUCACAGCGUAUAAUCCGUUUGGAGGUUUCACGAAUGCCGGCGCCGAUUGGUACUUCGAAAACCGUGGUAGCGACCAAGCUGAUGACUGGAUGGAAUGGGUACAAGGUGCAGGCUCUGAUAGUUUGUUGACAAUCCCUGCGCUUGACUGGGCUAACUAUAAGGCAAUUAUAGAUCAACAAAAGUUCGAUCCAUACAAUGCUGACGCUGGGAAUGGGUUACUUCCUAAUGGCUCUGCCGUUAGCCCUCCAACUGACCCGAGUCGCGGAUAUGUUGCAUGGAACACCACAGCCGCAAAACAAUGGUUAUCUGGUCUGAAGAACAAGCCGGCGAUGGUUGCAAUUGACAAUGAAAUCGAAAUUGCUAGCAGUACCCACCAGGAUAUGCAUCCAGACCCUAUGGGCUACGAUGAAGAGUUGUCCAGGGUUGUGCAAUUCGCGACCGCAGCAAAGGAAGCACUUCCAGAUGUUCUGGUAGUUGCUCCUUCUACUUGUUCAUGGUGGUUCUACUGGACGAGCGUCAUUGGGUUCGCUGAUGAUACUGCAGCACACAACAACACCGACUUCCUUCCAUGGUUCCUCGCCCAAAUGAAGCAGCAAGAAAAAAUCGCGAAGAAGAGGCUUCUGGACUAUCUGGACAUCCAUUACUACUACCAGGCAGACACCAGUGCCAACGACGACGCAGCAAAGGCCUUGAGACUGAGGAUGACUCGCAGCCUUUGGGAUCCUACAUACGUCGACGAAUCCUGGGUCGGUUCCAACCCACAGAACCACCAGCCAAACCCCACGGUCGUCAAUCUCAUCCCGAGGUUCAAGACCCUCAUUGCAGAGAACUACCCAGGAACCAAGCUCUCUGUCAGUGAAUUCAGCUCUUCAGAUGACACUGAUAUUACUGGUGGACUGGUGACCGUCGACAUGCUUGGACUAUUUGGCAAAUACGGCCUGGACAGCGCAACCUACUGGGCAACCCCAGACGAGAUGGGUCCCGUUGGUUUAGCGUACUGGCUCUACCGAGGAUAUGGAACCUUCUUUGGCAGCUCGAGCGUGCAGGUCAACCUGUCCACCCCGAACCCAGACACACAGGGCGUGUUCGCCGCGACCAACUCCAAGGGCAAGCUCAGCCUCGUCAUCGUCAACAAGAACCCCGACGUACCGAUUUCGUUCGACCUAUCGGGUGUCCCGACCGGCAAGUACUUCAUUCGCCACUUUGGGGGGGAGGCUGGUGUGGCCAAGUGGCAGACCACGAUGACAUUAAAAUCGGCGACCUACAUCACAGUCCCAGCGUACACUGCUCUCUUCCUCCUACAACAAUGA